UAGCACAGGAAAUAUGUAUAUUACACAAACAGACCUCUCUCUCUGUCACACGUUCACUCUCUCUCUCUCACUCUCUCUCACUCUCUCUCUCUCUCGUGCUCUCUCUCUCUGUCGCGCUCUCUCUCACUCUCUCUCACUCUCUCUCACUCUCUCUCUCGUGCUCUCUCUCUCUGUCGCGCUCUCUCUCUCACUCUCUCUCUCUCUCAUUCUCUCUCUCUCUCUGUUGUGCUCUCUCUCUCUCUAUGUUCUUCCUCUCACUCUCUCUCUCUCUCUGUUCUUCCUCUCUCUCUCUCUGUUCUUCCUCACUCUCUCAUGCUGUCAGAACGGGGGCUGAAGCAAUGCCACUUGAACGUUAAGUGCAAUAGAACAGAGUUGUCGUGCCAACCGGCGCCUGUGCAAAGUGACCUCAACACCUGGUAUGUUCUGAGCGUGCUCCAACUCCGGCUCCUCGGAUCAGCUAACUCACCAUGGGAAACUACAUGUGUGGAACACUGAGGAAGAAGAAAAAUGAAGAUGAAGAUAACGGUGAUAGUCAUAGCAGCCCAGACAACAAGGAAGAGGAUGUGACAUAUGCCACCAUCGACCAUAACAACACCAAGACAACAGGAUUCAUCGUAGAUUCCGGAGAUAACGAUUGUGACUACGCCAUGGUUAACCUUCCAACUGGCCCAGCCCACCAGUCGUCAAUCAAGGAAGACUGCUCAGACGACUAUGUCCUUAUGGGCUAACCUCAUGGACAAUGUGUGUGUGUGUGUGUGUGUGUGUGUGUGUGUGUGUGUGUGUGUGUGUGUGUGUGUGUGUGUGUGUGUGUGUGUGUGUGUGUGUGUGUGUGUGUGUGUGUGUGUGUGUGUGUGUGUGUGUGUGUGUGUGUGUGUGUGAGAUGACAGAGGUCAUGUGAGUAGGGAGAUAACGGAGAUGCAAGGUGGACAAUGGCUGGGGAAAGCUCGAUAGCACCUUACUGAACCAAAGGAACAGAUAUGAUGCCUGUGACAGUGCCUACAAACUCAACUUGAUGCAGUAUGUGGUUCACUAAUUACAGGGGCUUGCCAAAGUAUUCACCCCCCUUGGCAUUUUUCCAAUUUUGUUGCCUUAGAACCUGGAAUUAAAAUGGAUUUUGGGGGGUUUGUAUCAUUUGAUUUACAUAAUGCCUACCACUUUGAUGAUGCAAAAUAUGUUUUAUUGUGAAACAAACAGGAAAUAAGACAAAAAAAAACAGAAAACAUGAGUGUUCAUAACUAUUCACCCCCAAAGUCAAUGUAGAGCCACCUUCUGCAGCAAUUACAGCUGCAAGUCUCUUGGGGUAUGUCUCGGCAAAUCUAGCCACUGGGAUUUUUGCCCAUUCUUCAAGGAAAAACUGUUCCAGCUCCUUCAAUUUGGAUGGAUUCCACUGGUAUACAGCAAUCUUUAAGUCAUACCACAAAUUCUUAAUUGGAUUGAGGUCUGGGCUUUGACAAGGCCAUUCCAAGACAUUUAAAUGUUUUCCCUUAAACAACUUGAGUGUUGCUUUAGCAGUAUGCUUAGGGUCAUUGUCCUGCUGGAAGGUGAACCUCAGUCCCAGUCUCAAAUCUUUGGAAGACUGAAACAGGUUUCCCUCAAGAAUGUCCCUGUAUUUAGCUCCAUCCACCAUUCCUUAAAUUCUGACCAGUUUCCGAGUCCCUGCUGACGAAAAACAUCCCUACAGCAUGAUGCUGCCACCACCAUGUUUGUGGUGGGGAUGGUGUUCUCAGGGUGAUGAGGUUCUCAGGGUGAUGAGGUUCUCUAGGUGAUGAGGUGUUGGGCUUGUGCCAGACAUAGCAUUUUCCUUGAUGGCCAAAAAGCUCAAUUUUAUUCUCAUCUGUCAAGAGUCCCUUCCUCCAAAUGUUUGGGGAGUCUCCCACAUGCCUUUUAGUGACACUUAGAUUGCACAUAGGUGGAUUUUAUUUAACUAAUUAUGUGACUUCUGAAGGUAAUUGGUUGCACCAGAUCUUAUUUAGGGGCUUCAUAGCAAAGGGGUGUAUACAUCUGCAUGCACCACUUUUCCGUUUUUGGGGGAGGGGAAUAUUUUUGAAACAAGUCAUUUUUUUCUUUUCACUUCAUCACUUUGUACUAUUUUGUGAAUGUCCAUUAUAUGAAAUCCACAUAAAAAUCCAUUUAAAUUACAGGUUGUAAUGCAGCAAAAUAGGAAAAACGCCAAGUUUUGCAAGGCACUGUAUAGGUUUCUAUUUAUGUUUAAUUAUGUUUUACAGACAUGUAUUGUGCUUACGUUAAUAUACAGUGCCUUUGGAAAGUAUUCAGACCCCUUGACUUUUUCCAUAUUUUGUUAUGUUACAGCUUUAUUAUAAUUAAUUUUUCUUCAUCAAUCUACACACAAUACCCCAUAAUGACAAAGCAAAAACAGGUUUUUAGAAAGCUUUGCUAAUUUUAUUUACAAAAUUUAACCUGGAAAUCUGUCAUUUACAUAAGUAUUCAGACCCUUUACUCAGUACUUUGUUGAAGCACCUUUGACAGCGAUUACAGCUUUGAGUCUUCUUGGGUAUGACUCUACAAGCUUACAAACUGUAUUUGGGCAGUUUCUCCCAUUCUUCUCUCCAGAUCCUCUCAUGUUAUGUCAUGUUUAAGUUUUUUAUUUAACCUUUAUUUAACUAGGCAAGUCAGUUAAGAACAAAUUCUUACUUACAAUGUAGGCCUACCAAAAGGCGAAAAGCCUCAGGGAUGUGUGUGCUUUGGGGACCUUUAACAGAAUGUGACUGGCAGAAUGGGUGUUGUAUGUGGAGGAUGAGGGCUGCAGUAGAUAUCUCAGAUAGGGGGGUGAUAGGGGGGUGUGAGGCCUAAGAGGGUUUUAUAAAUAAGCAUCAAAAAGUGGGUCUUGCGACGGGUGUACAGACAUGACCAGUUUACAGAGGAGUAUAAAGUGCAGUGAUGUGUCCUAUAAGGAGCAUUGGUGGCAAAUCUGAUGGCCAAAUGGUACAUCUAUCCGCUCAAGAGCACCCUUACCUGCCGAUCUAUUAAUUACAUCUCUGUAAUCUAGCAUGGGUAUGAUGGUCAUCUGAAUCAUGGUUAGUUUGACAGCUGGGGUGAAAGAGGAGCGAUUACGAUAGUGUAACCAAGUCUAGAUUUAACUUUAGCCUGCAGCUUUGAUAUGUGCUGAGAGAAGGACAGUGGCCAUACUCCCAAGUACUUGUAUGAGGUAUGAGGUGACCUCAAGCUAUAAACUCCCAGAUGUAGUAAUCACACCCGUGGGGGGAGGGGCAUUCUUCUCACCGAACCAUAUGACCUUUGUUUUGGAGGUAUUCAGAACGAGUUUAAGGGCAGAGAAUGCUCAUUGAACACUAAGAAAGUUUUGUUGUAGAGCAUUUAACACAAAAUCCAGGGAGGGGCCAGCUGAGUAUAAGAUUGUAUCAUCUGCAUAUAAAUGGAUAAGAGAGAUUCCUACUGCCUGAGCUCUGUUGUUGAUGUAAAUUGAGGAGAGCAUGGGGCCAAGGAUCGAGCUUUGGGGUACAUCCUUGGUGACAGGCAGUGGCAGAGACAGCAGAUGUUCUGACUUUAUACACUACACACUUUGAGAAAGGUAGUUAGCAAACCAGGCUAAAGUCCCAUCAGAGACACCAAUACUCCUUAGCCGGCCCACAAGUUGAAAUGGUCUACUGUAUCAAAAGCUUUGGCCAAGUCAAUAAAAAUAGUGGCACAACAUUGCUUAGAAUCAAGGGCAAUGGUGACAUCAUUGAGGACCUUUAAGGUUGCAGUGACACAUCCAUAAUCUGAGCGGACCUGAGCGGUCCCAGUCCCUGCCGCUGAAAAACAUCCCCACAGCAUGAUGCUGCCACCACCAUGCUUCAUUGUAGGGAUGGUGCCAGGUUUCCUCCAGAUGUGAUGUUUUGCAAUCAGGCCAAAGAGUUCAAUCUUGAUUUAAUCAGACCAGAGAAUCUUGUUUCUUAUGGUCUGAGAGUCUUUAGGUGCCUUUUGGCAAACUCCAAGUGGGCGGUCAUUUUACUGAGGAGUGGCUUCUGUCUGGCCACUCUACCAUAAAGGGGAGAUUGGUGGAGUGCUGCAGAGAUGGUUGUCCUUCUGGAAGGUUCUCCCAUCUCCAUAGAGGAACUCUAGAGCUCUGUCAGAGUGGCCAUCGGGUUCUUGGUCACCUCCCUGACCAAGGCCUUUCUCUGCCGAUUGCUCAGUUUAGCUGGGCAGCCAGCUCUAGGAAGAAUCUUGGUGGUUCCAAACUUCUUCCAUUUAAUAAUGAUGGAGGCCACAGCGUUUUUGAGGACGUUCAAUGCUGCAGAAAUGUUUUGGUACCCUUCCCCAGAUUUGUCCUUCGACACAAUCCUGUCUCUGAGCUCUACAGACAAUACCUUUGACCUCAUGUCUUGAUUUUUUCUCUGACAUGUAUUGUCAACUGUGGGACAUUAUAUAGAUAGGUGUCUGCCUUUCCAAAUCAUGUCCAAUCAAAAUAAUUUACCACAGGUGGACUCCAAUCAAGUUAUAGAAACAUCUUAAGGAUGAUUAAUGGAAGCAGGACACACCUGAGCUCAAUUUUGAGUGCCAUAGCAAAGUGUCUGAUUUUUUUUAUUUUACAUUUAUUUAACUAGGCAAGUCAGUUAAGAACAAAUUCUUAUUUUCAAUGACGGCCUAGGAACAGUGGGUUAACUGCCUGUUCAGUGGCAGAACGACAGAUUUUGUACCUUGUCAGCUCGGGGAUUUUAACUUGCAACCUUUCGGUUACUAGUCCAAAGCUCUAACCACUAGGCUACACUGCCGCCACUGCCACCCAAUAAGGUAUUUCUGUUUUUUAUUUUUAAUAUAUUAGCAAAAAUGUCUAAAAACCUGUUUUUGCUUUGUCAUUAUCGGGUAUUGUGUGUAGAUUGCUGAGGAUUUUUUUUUUUUUUCGAUUUUAGAACAAGGCUGUAAUGUAACAAAAUGUGGAAAAGGUCAAGGGGUCUGAAUACUUUCCGAAGACACUGUUGCCAGUUAAAUUGUUGUAAUUUCUUUUAAAACCUUAAGGACCCAUGAGUAGAUAUGAAACCACAACCUGUGGGGAUUCCUUCUGAGAGAAACAGAUGAUUUUGUUCAGAGACUAUCUAUGGGUUUAUUUGGCCUCGACAGAGGAAACUCAUUCUGACAAAGACCCAGCUCUCAACCACACCACUAACACCAUGGGCUUGUGCUAAAGAGAAUGUGUAGUAGUGCAAAAGAGAGAGAUGAAAUGUUUAUCAUUUGUGGUUGAAUUACGUUUGAAUUGUAUAAAUAAUUAUUUUUUCUGGCACAAAUCUAUUUGAAUGAGAUACAGUAAUGUGAGAGCAGGAUUGGAGUUGUUUUGUGAACUGGUUUUAGAUGUUUCUCAAAAUCACCAGCAAUUGUCCUAUUGUAUACACGUAUCCUAUAAAUUAUUGACACAAAGAUAGGUUAAAUAUCAACAUUGUUAGAAAAGUCCAUGUUUGUAUCAUGUUGUUUAUAACAUCAAUGGCAACAGGAAACUGCAGACUAUUUUCUGCAACUUCAAGAUUAAAUCGUUGAAUAUUUUGUAGUUUCUUUGAAAAAAUCAAUAAAAAGGGAAGUCUGUGA